ACACGUGUCCAUAAGAAAAAUUACACGAAUCGUCAUUAGAUAUACAAUAUACCUCUGAGACUGAAUCGUUUAGAUUUCCUGGAGAUUAAAUAUAUUGUAAUAAAUAAUCAAAGGAAAAAAAAUAAAAUACUUUUUCUGAUUAUAUCACUUCGGAUACAAUCGUGUGAUUAAUCGCUCGUCGUCAUGUACGAACAGCGUAAUUAAACUGUGUUUCUGUCCAACGAUGACAUCUUUUUAUAAGACACUAAUGUUUAUCAGACUUUGUGCAUUUUUGACCAAAAAUAAAAAGUGCCACUAUUUUAUAGAUUAACACAAGAAUGUAAUCUUUGUUAUAUCUCGAACAGGUUUGCACGACAGUCGUGUUGAUGAGCGAGAAUUUGGUGUUCAUAAUUGAUCAUCUUAAAUAACCUACCUUGCUUCGAUUCUAAACUGAUGCGUCUUCAAUUCUAAACUGAUGCAUCACUGUUGUAUGGAGCCCAGCAACUUAUGCCGGGAAAAAUUCAUUCGUGCUCGUAUACUGUAUGAUCAAGAAUACAUAGAGAUUUUUCAUGAUGCAAAGGAUGAUGACAGUUUGGGCACUUGUUAUUCUAACAAUGCUUGCAUUCGUCAGAGGACAAAUAGUAGAUAAUUUUAAUACUGAGCUUGUAGCUGAACAAGAUGACACUCUCCUCUUAAUCUCUACACUCGGAGGAUUGUUAGUAGGUGUUGAUCAGCGAUCUGGAAAAAUACGAUGGCAACAAGAUGAUGAACCUAUUGUCAAAGUGCCUAUCAAUCUAUCAGAAACCAAAAUACCUAUGUUUCUACCAGAUCCUAGAGAUGGUUCUCUCUAUCUCUUUGGCCGAGAAUCAGAGGUAUUAAAGAAAUUGCCAUUUACCAUUCCUCAGUUGGUCGCCACUAGCCCAUGCAGAAGCAGCGAUGGUAUAUUGUAUACUGGCAGAAAAAUUGAUACUUGGUUUAGUAUUGACCCAAUGACUGGUGAAAGAGAACAGCUUUUAAGUUUUCAUAAAGUGAAAGAUACUUGCCCUUUAGAAAUGCAGAAUACUAUAUUUGUCGGUCGUACGGAAUAUAACAUUAUUAUGGUCGACAGUAAGCAUAAAGACAGAAAAUGGAACUUAACAUUCUAUGAUUAUUCUGCUAUGCAAAUGGAACCUGAUGUGACAGACAAUUAUGAUUUGGUACAUUUUACCACAAGUUCAACAGGUCGUGUGGUGACUUUGGAUAGAUUAGGUAGGAUUGUUUGGAAAUUAGAUCUGAAGAGCCCAGUGAUAGCUAUGUAUACUGUAACCAAAGAUGGGUUAUUGACAAUUCCUUUUACAAGUAUUGCAGAUUCUUUAUUAGAAAGAUUUGCAACAAAGCCGACCGACGUUCAGUUGUUCCCAACUUUGUAUGUUGGACAGCACCAAUAUGGUGUUUAUGCAUUACCAUCGCUUGUUGAUUCAGCAACGACAACAAUAUCGAGUAAUGUAGGACAUCUAUUGCUCGAGGGACCAUUGGUAACAUCGCAUCUUCAUGAAAAUGAUAACAAAGUACCAUUGCCAAGGGAUCAUGUUUUUAUAUCUAAUAUUGAUAUAGCUAAUGAUGAUAUUAAACGCACUGAAAAUAUUAUUAUGUUGGGUCAUUACAAGAUACCCACGGAAUACAAACCGCAAAAUCAACUUCUUCAAAUAACUGGACGAUCUGAUCCGGUAAUUUUGGAGACUUCGACAUUGAAUAUUACUAAGACCAAAUUGUCUAUCGCUGUUCAGUCGGAUAUGUCAAAUGACACGAUGCAAUCAGAAAACAAUCAAAAUUGGCAGAGAAUUAUAUUAAAAACUUACAAUGCGAGCAAAAUGUGGUUCGAUCAACAAGAAAACAGAGAUGUAAAACUAAUCGUGAUCUUGAUUAUACUAAUACUUGGCACGAUUAUAGUUUGGUAUGUGUAUAAGAUAUAUAAGGAACAAUUACAGCAAUUAUCACAGGGUUCACGCGAAAGUAGUCGUACGAAUUAUUCUGGUAAAUCAAGUAAUUCGGUUGCUAUGCCCGAAGAGAUUGGAGAUGGCUUAGUUAAAGUGGGAAAAAUUACAUUCGAUACAGGACAGGUUCUUGGUAAAGGAUGCGAAGGAACAUUUGUGUACAAAGGUGAAUUUGAUGGUCGUGCCGUAGCUGUAAAGCGUUUAUUACCGGAUUGCUUUACGUUCGCAGACCGAGAGGUAGCUCUUUUGAGAGAAUCAGACGCACAUGCAAACGUAGUCAGGUAUUUUUGUACCGAACAAGAUCGUAUGUUUAGAUAUAUUGCUUUGGAGCUAGCAGAAGCCACUUUGCAAGAUUACGUGGCAGGCAAGUACGAUAGAGAAAAGAUAUCUGUGAAAAAUAUUUUGCAUCAGGCUACAUCUGGAUUAGCACAUCUUCAUUUCCUGGAUAUCGUUCAUAGGGACAUUAAGCCUCACAAUGUCUUGCUCUCUGUUCCUGGACCUCGAGGAGAGGUUCGUGCCAUGAUAUCAGAUUUUGGAUUGUGUAAAAAACUCCAACUUGGCCGCGUAUCAUUUUCACGAAGAUCCGGAGCCACUGGAACUGAUGGUUGGAUUGCACCAGAGAUGUUGAAUGGAGAAAGAACGACAUGUGCGGUCGAUAUUUUUUCUCUUGGCUGUGUCUUUUAUUAUGUUCUUUCUGAUGGCAAGCAUCCUUUUGGCGACCCAUUACGAAGACAAGCCAAUAUUCUCUGUGGCGAGAGCAAUUUGACAGCACUCCAUGGAAUAUCUUCAAGUGAUAAAAAAUUAGCAUUGCUACUUAUCAAAGCAAUGAUAUGCAGUAAUCCUAUUGACAGGCCACCAGCUUCGGCAAUCUGUAAUUAUCCGAUCUUCUGGAAUUUAGCAGAAAUUCUGGGAUUUUUUCAGGAUGUCAGUGAUCGAGUGGAGAAAGAUCAAUCUGACAGUCCAGCUUUGAUAGCGUUGGAAACUUGUGGUGAGCAUGUGACGGGAGACGAUUGGAGAUUGUAUAUAGAUUUGGAAGUUGCAACAGAUUUAAGAAAAUACAGAAGUUAUCGAGGCGAGAGUGUAAGAGAUCUCCUCAGAGCUUUACGGAACAAGAAGCAUCACUACAGAGAAUUAAGCCCAGAAGCGCAGGAGAGUCUCGGCGAAAUUCCUAAUAAAUUUACAGAAUAUUGGUUAUCGAGAUUUCCAUGUUUAUUAUGCCACGUAUGGUGUGCAAUGCAGAGUUUUCGUGACGAAUCAAGUCUAAAACAGUAUUAUCAUCCGCACUAUACUUUUAUGAGUGACUACGAGGGGCAACAAUCGGCCGAACGAACUGAUCAUGUUGAUAAUGCGCUAUCGACGUCAAUCAGAACAAGACAAGCGAAUAGUAGUUUGAUCGAUUGGGGUCUUAAUCGACCAAAAUAUCGUAGUCAGAGAAAAAAACAGGAAAAGAAGAAAUAAGAAGAAUUAUCAUGAUUACCGCAUUCGUCGAAUUGAAUUAUUUCAAAGCGACUAUGGAUUUAUUAAACUAAAAUGAAAGAAAAUGUGACUGUGCGCGAGCGUGCAUGUAUCAAAAUGAAAAGUUUGUUUAAUUGAAAUGAUUCUAUAAAUCAAUGUUUUCUUUUUUAAUUGAAGAAAACUGAAAUUAUCAGAAUUACAGGAGGCGUACUUAAUAUGAUUUAUAUAUCUUUUAAUAGACUGCAGCCUUUAUUAUAUAAUGCGGACCUUACAUAAUCAAUAACUGUCGGUACAUUAUGUUUCAUCAAGCAAGCUUUUCUUAUGUGCAGAUAGGUGUAGAUGGUCAAAUAUGUAUCUUCCUUGCCUGAAAAGAGGUAGGGAGCCUAGAGAUAACAUGAAUCACUUCUGCACUUAAAAAGGAUUUCCAUUAAUGAAACGCAAUGUAUUAACAAUAUUAUUGAUUAUGCAUAAUUAAUAUUGAUGCAUUUAAUAUUGAUUAAUGUAAAAUAAUAAUGAUCCAGAUUGAGUAUCAGCAUCACUAUAUAAUAAGAAUACUGAUAAUAAUAUUGAUUGUGUGAAAAAAA